AUGCCACUCUUUGGCUGGAUGAAGUGGCCCAAAACGGACGCCUACAAAGCCCCAGUCAACGCUGGCGCACACGCAGCCACGCAGACUCUGCUUCGGGAGCUAACGUGGCACCUAAAGGAACGAGAAAGGUUCAUCCAAGAGAUCGAAAAUGAGCAGAAAGGGAAGAAAGCAGGCGUGGACUACAACUGGCUGAGGAGCCACCAGAGUCCCCACGCGGCCAUCCCAGCCACCGAGCAGAGACAACUUGAAGUCCUCUGCUCCCAAGUGCAGGCCUGCCAAACCGCCGCUGUGCUCAGCAGAUUUCGAGAAGUUUUGGCAGAAAAUGACGUAUUGCCGUGGGAAAUAGUCUACAUCUUCAAGCAAGUCCUGAGAGAUUUCCUGAGUGCCGCUGGCAGAGGGGGCACCCCCGGGGGCCUGCAGGUGCCCCCGGGGGCCGGCAAGGAGGAAAUACCCACCAUCUCAAGUUACGUGGACAAAGACACACAGAGCAGGUACCCGGCACUCUCUCGCGGAAUGUGGAGCCUGCCGCACCCUCACCCGUGCAGUUAA